AUGUCUAUAAUUAAUGUAACCAACAUAAAAGUUGGAAAUAAUUGUUCUAGAGUCACUGAUCCUUUAGUUUUUCGUAUAGAAUUCGAGUCCCUUGGGGAACUUAAACAUGACAUUGAAUGGAAGAUCAUAUACAUCACUACAAACUGCGAUGAUGACAAUACUAAUAAGGAAAUUGUACUAGAUGAAAUUUAUUUGGGGCCUAUUAAACGGGGAGUUUUAGCCUUUGAAUUCAAUGUAGACCCUCCGGACUACAAAUUGUUGGGAGAUAAUAUAUUGGGAAUUCAGGCAAUCCUAGUGACAUCUAGUUACAAUAACCAGGAAUUCAUUCGAAUCGGCUAUUAUGUAAACAAUACAUAUGAAGAUGAGGAAUUGAGGGAGUGCCCACCAGUGGAUCCAAUAAUUGACAAAAUAGUCAGAUGCAUAAUUGAACAGCCUAGAGUCACUCGCUUUCCCAUAGAGUGGGAUAAACCCGAAUAUAUAGACGAUUCAGUCGAUAAUGGAGAUUUGGACCAGCAAUUACAGGAGCCAAUAGACAUAUCUGAGGAAGAAUCCUCGAAGGAAGAUGGAAAGCACACAAACACGGUAGAGGCUGUUUUUUAA